AUGUUAUUCCUGGUGUCUAUAUUAGUGCUGCUUCCACCAGUGGUGUGCAGUGCCUCAGUCAGUUGUGCCAACAGUGACCGUCUUCAUAUUCUUCACAAGUAUUAUCAUCCAGGAGAUAUCAUCAUUUCAGGCAUCAUUUCUCAGUUCUACGCAUUUUCGAGGCCGAUAAACUUCAAGACAUACCCUUCUCAUGAACCCAUUGAUGACCUUGUCCAUUUCUUUGCAAGGUGGACCUAUCUGGCCACAAUAGAACUUCUCUCCACUCAGGGCAGAUUUAUCCCAAACUACAAGUGUGAUGUCAAGGACAAUGCAAUAGCCUUCCUUGGGGGACCUAAUUCUGAUUUGUGCCACUUCAUGGCAACCAUCCUGUGCAUGUACAAGAUUCCACAGCUUAUAUAUGGCUCUGCUCCAGUGAUAAAUAACAGAAUAGAAGGAGUGUUCUUCCAUCAGAUGUUCCCAAAUGGGGUCCAUCAAUAUAGGGGGAUUCUGCAAUUGCUGCUGGGUUUUGGAUGGACGUGGAUUGGGGUGAUCUUUAUGAAUGAUGAGAGUGGAGAGAGGUUACUACAGAAUGUGAUUCCCAUGUUUUCUCAAAAUGGAAUAUGUUUUGACUUCAUUCAAGAUUUGCCACAUGCGACUUUUUCCAGUGGCAUCAGUGACAUGGUGGAAGAAGGACUUGAAAUACCUAAGGUUAUUGUGAGAAGCACAGCUACUGUUGUGCUCCUGCAUGGUGAAAUUCAAACGAUGUUAUUUUUGCGAAUGCUCCCUGUGAUUUUAAAAUAUGAGGACAUACCAGUGAACCAAACCAGUAAAAUCUGGAUUAUGACAGCACAAAUGGAUUUCACAUCAGUUGCCUUCCAAAGAAAUUGGGACAUAGGGUUCCUUCAUGGUGCUAUAUCCUUUGCAAUACACUCAAUGCAAGUAUCAGGAUUCCAAAAAUUCCUUCAGAACAGAAACCCUACAACAGAAAAAGAAGAUGGGUUUAUCAGAGAUUUCUGGCAACAGGCAUUUGAUUGCGUCUUCUCUAGUCCCAUCUCAGAUACGAAAGUUGGAGAAACCUGUACUGGGGAGGAGAAGCUGGAAACUCUUCCUGACUCGGUUUUUGAAAUGCGGAUGACUGGCCACAGCUACAGUGUCUACAAUGCUGUCUAUGCAGUGGCACAUUCCCUGCAUGCCAUUCAUUCAUUUAAAUUCAAAUACAGAAAAAGGACAGACAGUCGAAGACAGGAGCUUCUGAACCAUCAGCCAUGGCAGCUCCAUCAUUAUCUGUCAAAGGUCUCAUUUAACAAUAGUGCUGGAGAAAAGAUUUCCUUUGACCAAAAUGGGGAAUUGGUAGCUGGAUUUGAUCUUAUCAACUGGGUCACAUUCCCAAAUCAGUCCUUUCUGAGAGUUAAAUUUGGAAAGAUUGACCCGUUUGCUCCAAAAGACAAACUGUUCACUGCUGCUUUGGAUGCCAUUGUGUGGCCCAGCAUGUUUAAUCAGGUACAGCCACUUUCCCGGUGUAAUGACAUUUGCCAUUUAGGUUAUCAUAGGACCCAGAAGGAAGGGAAGUCAUUUUGCUGCUAUGAUUGCCUCCCAUGUCCAGAAGGGAAGUUUUCAAACCAGAAGGACAUGGAUGACUGUUCUGAAUGUCCAGAAGGUUAUUUCCCAAACCAUAAACGAGAUUCAUGUCUUCCAAAAGAUACAAGCUUCUUGUCUUAUGAAGAACCUUUGGGGAUCAGUUUGGUCACGUUUGCUCUUUCUUUUUCCUUCAUCACAUCUUUGGUGCUUGGGAUCUUCAUUAAACACCAGGAUACUCCCAUAGUUAAAGCCAACAACCGAAACCUCACCUACACUCUCCUCAUCUCCCUGCUCUUCUCUUUCCUUUGCACUUUGCUAUUCGUUGGUCGUCCUGAGAAACUGACAUGCCUCCUUCGACAAACUGCUUUUGGCAUCAUCUUCUCCAUAGCAGUUUCUUGCAUAUUGGCCAAAACCACCAUUGUGAUUCUAGCUUUCAUGGCCACCAAGCCAGGGUCCAGGAUGAGGAAAUGGGUGGGGAAAAGACUGGCAACCCCCAUUGUCCUUUCCUGCUCCCUUUUUCAAACUGCUAUUUGUACUGUGUGGUUAUCAGUCUCUCCCCCAUUUCCAGAUUAUGACAUGCACUCAAUGGCUGAAGAAAUUGUACUGGAAUGUAACGAAAGUUUAGCUGUUAUGUUUUACUGUGUCUUGGGGUUUCUGGGUUUCCUGGCCAUUGUCAGCUUCAGUGUGGCUUUCCUAGCCAGGAAGUUGCCUGACAGUUUCAAUGAAGCCAAGUUUAUCACCUUCAGCAUGCUGGUCUUCUGCAGUGUGUGGUUGUCCUUUGUUCCAACCUAUCUGAGUGCCAAGGGAAAAUUCAUGGUUGCAGUGGAGAUCUUUUCCAUCUUAACCUCCAGUUUUGGGUUACUGGGCUGUAUAUUUUUCCCAAAAUGCUAUAUCAUUUUGCUGAGGCCUCAGUUGAACAGCAGGGGGCAGCUAAUAAAGCUAAAGCAUUCAAGAAUCUAA